GGCAGCAGGACCUGGAGCCAGGCGGCUGCGGCGCGCUUGGAGUCCGGAGAGUGUGGGGUGUGGGCAGCUCGGUGUGUGCCCCCACGGGAGCCAGGGCCCCAGGUCGGCCUGCGGGACACGAUGAAUUACCUGAAUGUCCUGGCCAAAGCCCUCUACGACAACGUGGCCGAGUCCCCAGAUGAGCUCUCCUUCCGCAAGGGCGAUAUCAUGACGGUGCUGGAGCGGGACACACAGGGCCUGGAUGGCUGGUGGCUCUGCUCGCUGCAUGGGCGCCAGGGCAUCGUGCCUGGGAACCGCCUCAAGAUCCUGGUGGGAAUGCAUGACAAGAAGCCUGCAGGGCCCGGCCCCGGCUCGCCUGCCCCCUUGGCCCCGCCCCAGCCUGGCCUCCACAACCCAGCUGCCCAGUACACAGCCAUGCUGCCUGUUGCUUACUCACCCCAGCCUGACAGUAUCUACCUGGUGCCCACCCCCAGCAAGACCCAGCAGGGCCUCUACCAGGCCCCUGGGCCCAGCCCACAGUUCCAGUCUCCCCCGGCCAAGCAGACAUCCACGUUCUCAAAGCAGAUGCCCCAUCACCCAUUCCCUAGCCCAGCCCCAGACCUUUACCAGGUGCCUCCAGGGCCUGGCAACUCCACCCAGGACAUUUACCAGGUGCCACCUUCUGCUGGGUUAGGGCAUGACAUCUACCAGGUUCCCCCAUCUAUGGACGCACGCAGCUGGGAAGGGACAAAGCCACCACCAAAGGUGGUGGUGCCCACCCGUGUGGGGCAGGGCUAUGUAUUCGAAGCCUCUCAGCCAGAACAGGAUGAAUAUGACAUCCCACGACACCUGCUGGGUUCAGGGCCCCAGGACAUCUACGAUGUGCCCCCUGUUCGAGGACUGCUUCCCAGCCAGUACAGCCAGGAGGUAUAUGACACACCUCCCAUGGCUGUCAAGGGUCCCAGUAGCUGGGACCCAUCGCUGGAUGUGUAUGACGUGCCCCCCAGUGUGGAGAAGAGCCUGCCACCAUCCAGCCACCAUGUGGUAUAUGAUGUUCCUCCAUCGGUGAGCAAGGACGUCCCUGAUGGCCCACUACUGCGUGAAGAAACCUAUGACGUGCCCCCUGCCUUUGCCAAGGCCAAGCCCUUUGACCCAACCCGCCACCCGCUGGUCCUUGCUGCACCCCCCCCAGACUCGUCGCCCGCCGAGGAUGUGUAUGACGUGCCACCCCCAGCUCCCGAUCUCUAUGAUGUGCCCCCUGGCUUGCGGCGGCCUGGCCCUGGCGCCCUCUACGAUGUGCCCCGUGAGCGGAUUCUGCCUCCUGAGGUGGAUGAUGGUGUGUACGUGGUGCCCCCCUCAGCCGAGCGAGAGGCCCCGGCUGAUGCCAAGCGGUUGUCUGCCUCCAGCACAGGCAGCACUCGCAGCAGCCAGUCAGCCUCCUCCCUGGAGGCGCCGGUGCCGGGCCGCGAGCCCCUGGAGCUGGAGGUGGCCGUGGAAGCCCUGACCCGGCUGCAGCAGGGCGUGAGCACCACUGUGGCUCACCUCUUGGACAUCGCGGGCAGUGCUGGCCGGAGUGGGGGCUGGUGCAGCACCACGGAGCCUCAGGAGCCCCUGGCACAGGACCUUCAGGCUGCUGUAGCUGCUGUCCAGGGGGCAGUUCACGAGCUGCUGGAGUUUGCCCGCAGUGCUGUGGGCAACGCUGCCUACACUUCUGACCGCACACUGAACGCCAAGCUUAGCCGGCAACUGCAGAAGAUGGAGGACGUGUACCAGACAUUGGUGACGCAUGGUCAGACCUUUGACAGUAGCCGGGGAGGCCCCAGCGCCACUCCUGAAGACCUGGACCGCCUGGUGGCCUGCUCACGGGCUGUACCCGAGGAUGCCAAGCAGCUGGCCUCCUUCUUGCAUGGCAAUGCCUCGUUGCUCUUCAGACGGACCAAGGCCCCUGUCUCAGGGCCCGAGGGGAGUGGUCCCCUGCAUCCCAACCCCACCGACAAGGCCAGCAGCAUUCAGUCCCGGCCCCUGCCCUCACCCCCCAAGUUCACCUCCCAGGACUCACCAGAUGGGCAGUAUGAGAACAGUGAGGGGGGCUGGAUGGAGGAUUACGAUUAUGUCCACCUGCAGGGGAAGGAAGAGUUUGAGAAGACUCAGAAGGAGCUGUUGGAAAAGGGCAACAUCAUGCGGCAGGGGAAGGGCCAGCUAGAGCUGCAGCAGCUGAAGCAGUUUGAGCGGCUGGAGCAGGAGGUGUCACGGCCCAUAGACCACGACCUGACCAACUGGACGCAGGCGCAGCCCCUGGCCCCAGGGCGGACAGGCAGCCUGGGGCCCUCGGACCGGCAGCUGCUGCUCUUCUACCUGGAGCAGUGCGAGGCGAACCUGACCACGCUCACCAACGCGGUGGACGCCUUCUUCACCGCUGUGGCCACCAACCAGCCGCCCAAGAUCUUUGUGGCACACAGCAAGUUUGUCAUCCUCAGUGCCCAUAAGCUGGUGUUCAUCGGGGACACGCUCUCACGGCAGGCCAAGGCCGCUGACGUCCGCAGCCAGGUGACCCACUACAGCAAUUUGCUGUGCAGCCUCCUGCGUGGCAUCGUGGCCACCACCAAGGCCGCCGCCCUGCAGUACCCAUCGCCCACUGCUGCCCAGGACAUGGUGGACAGGGUCAAGGAGCUGGGCCACAGCACCCAGCAGUUCCGCCGGGUCCUCGGCCAGCUGGCAGCCGCCUGAGAAUGGAUGACCUGAGGGAUGGAGGGCAGGGGAGGAGGGCAGCGGUGGGCUAAGCUGCCCCGGGCACCCGCCCCAAGAGAGUCUCAGUGCUGUGGGCAUGGGGACAGGCAACCCCAGCUCCACCCCGGCCUGGUGCCCCAGACUGUCCAGGGAUGUGUACAUGUUUAUCACAGGGCAGGAUGUGGGCUCAGAGCAGCCCAAGCAGAGCUAGGCCCCCGGAGCCGAGGCCAAGGAGCAGGCUGGGGGCCUUCCCUGAGGGCGCUGCAGGCCUGGCUAGGGUCCGAGCUCUGGGCAGCAGGGCCAGAAGCAUGCAGGCUCCUUGACCUACACAGCCUUGGGUGACCCCUAGGGGCUGACCUCAGACCUGUGAGGGUGCUGUGUCCCUCCCAGGGGUCGGUGUAGCUGUGGUGUGUUCCUUCUUAACACCAGAAGA